AACAAGGAAAGACGUAUACUCAGCUCCCACCUAAAAUACGCUGUAUCCUCCACCUCGAACGUCGUCUUCGCCCGCGCAAGCACGCGGCCUUCCAGAAGCUUCUAGAAGACCCGCCGCCGCCAUGUGCGGGAUCUUCGCCUACCUCAACUACUGUGCGCCGCGGGAUCGACGAUAUGUCCUCGAGGUCCUCCUCAACGGACUCCGCCGCCUCGAGUACCGCGGCUACGACUCCUCCGGCAUAGCGCUCGACGCGGACCUCCCGCCGCCUGGUUCCGCGGCGGCGUACGCGGGGGCGCCGCCACUCGUGUUCCGCGAGGAGGGAAAGAUCGAUAACCUCGUGCGAUCCGUCUACUCCGAGGUUGAUGAGAAGGGUGUGAACCUGGAUGCCACAUUUUCCGUUCACGCUGGAAUCGCUCACACCAGGUGGGCUACGCAUGGCGUGCCUGCCCCAAAGAACAGCCACCCCCAAUCCUCUGGCGCCGGUGAUGAGUUCUUGGUCGUCCACAACGGAAUUAUCACAAACUAUGAGAUCCUGAAAGAGACACUGGUUCGACACGGGUUCACCUUUGAGUCUGAUACCGACACAGAAGUCAUCCCUAAGCUAGCAAAGUCCGUUUUUGACCAGGCUCGUGAUGGAGAAGGUGACAUGACAUUUAGCCAAGUUGUCAUGGAAGUCAUGAGGCAGCUUGAAGGAGCCUAUGCACUUAUCUUUAAAAGUCCACACUAUCCCAAUGAGCUGAUUACGUGCAAACAAGGCAGCACGCUGAUACUUGGUGUCAAUGAAGUAAGUGAUCAAAACAGCGUGAAGUCAUUUCAGAAUGUAAAAUCCCUGACAACAAACGGAAACCCCAUGGAGUUCUUCUCCAGUGAUUUAUGUGCUAUUGUAGAGCACACCAAGAACUAUUUGGCUAUUGAAGACAAUGAAAUUAUUCAUAUUAAGGAUGGUAGUGUGUCUAUCCUUAAGUUUGACAAGGAAAAAGAGAAGCCCGCAUCUGUGCAACGAGCAUUAUCUGUUCUGGAGAUGGAAGUCGAGCAAAUAAAGAAAGGAAGCUAUGACCACUUCAUGCAAAAAGAAAUCCAUGAACAGCCACAUUCACUGACAACAACCAUGAGAGGUAUUCCUGUGACUAUGGAGGUUGCAAGCGACUUGUUGGACAGACAAGGCCCCAUCUACAGAGAGGACACUGCAGUUUUUGUGAGUCAGUCAGGGGAGACAGCAGACACCCUCCUAGCUCUUGAGUAUGCACUAGAAAAGGGAGCACUUUGUGUUGGCGUUACAAAUACGGUGGGGAGCACCCUGUCAAGAAAAACGCAUUGUGGAAUUCAUAUCAAUGCUGGUUGUGAGAUUGGUGUUGCCAGCACCAAGGCUUAUACAAGUCAAAUAGUAGUCAUGGCGAUGAUAGCCUUGGCUAUUGGAUCUGAUCAGCUAUCCACUCAAGCUAGAAGGGAGUCUAUAAUUGUUGGUCUUUCAAGUCUUCCAAGCCAUGUCAGUGAAGUUCUCAAGCUUGAUGCUGAAAUGAAGGAACUCGCAUCUUCGUUAAUCGACUCGGAGUCACUCCUUGUGUUUGGAAGAGGUUAUAACUAUGCCACUGCCUUGGAGGGUGCUCUCAAAGUAAAGGAGGUCGCACUGAUGCACAGCGAAGGCAUGCUUGCUGGCGAGAUGAAGCACGGGCCACUAGCACUGGUGGAUGAAAACCUUCCCAUCAUCGUCAUCGCAACACGCGACUCGUGCUUCAGCAAGCAGAAGUCGGUGAUUCAGCAGCUCCUUUCUCGCAAGGGGCGCCUGAUCAUAAUGUGCUCCGAAGGGGACAUAUCGGCCGUCGGUCCUAGUGCAUCCUGCAGGGUAAUUCAAGUUCCAGAGGUCGCUGACUGUCUCCAGCCAGUGAUCAACAUAAUUCCGUUGCAGUUGCUCGCAUACCAUCUUACUGUUCUUCGUGGAUUCGAUGUCGACCAGCCAAGGAAUCUGGCCAAGAGCGUGACUACACAGUAAGCAUACCCCCCGCGCGUACACACACACACACAGUAAACGAAGUCGUAAUAUUUAGAGGAAAAUAUGUAAAGGAAGUGUUGGCCUAAGGUUUGCGUAGACAUUUUACGCAAGAUGCCUGAGGACUGAGGUGGCUACCAUUACAUCAGAGUAUGUUGAUUGGUCAACUGAUUGUGAUGUUAUUCUCAACUGAUGAUGAUCCAUUGACUCACUGCGGUUUUGCAAGGUGUCCCAGAACUGAAA